GGCCUCCAGGCAUGCCAGGCCGGGCCGUACCAGGUCCUAGGAGCCGGGAUUCCGGGAAGCGGGGAGCAUGGUGGGGGUCCUGGCCAUGGCGGCGGCGGCAGCUGCUCCCCCUCCGGUGAAGGACUACGAGAUUGAGGUAUGCAAAAAGCGAAGGAGAGAUGAUGACAGAUCUUCCAGUGAAACAAUUACGAAAUAUUUAUCACCAGUAGAGAAGACUGGAGACAGGGUUUUUUCUCCACCAAAAUCCAGUAAUAUUCUGGAUUAUUUUAGAAAAACUUCACCCACAAAUGAGAAGACUCAGUUAGCAGGAGAGUGCAAGAUAAAAUCAUCUGCAGCAUCACCUGCUGACAUUGGCAAAGACUGUAAAAUACCUUUGGAAAUGUUCUCAAAUAUAGAGUUUAAGAAGAGAAGAAAGACAGUUAAUUUAUCUCACCAACUAAGUAAUAUUAAACCUGAAAAUGAAUCUCCAAUUGAAAUUAAUAGUGAUGAUAGCAAAGAAGACUCUAGUUUAAAUAAUGAUGUUGUGGAGAGUAGUACUUCUGUUUCACUCAAGGAACAUGUAGAAAUGCUUGCAGAAAGUAUUCAAGAUAUCAAAAACCAGUCAAGCAUUGUGGCCUCCAAGAAAAGUUCUAAGAAAGUAAAACCUAAACUAGGGACCACAGAAAAUGAUUGUAAAAAUUUGAGAAAAAGGAAGCGCCAAGAGAUAAUAGAUCUAUCUGAAAGUUUACCCUUGGCAGAGGAGCUAAAUCUCCUUAAAAAAGAUGGUAAAGAUAGUAAACAGAUAAUUCCUUCCCUAGUUAAUGAAAUGGAGAGUACUACAAAUAAUAUAACUAAACCAGCCCAGUUAAAUGAUGGUACAAUAACUGUCUCGUAUGAAGAAUUUUUAAAAAGUCACAAGGAAAAUAAACUGGAACAGAUCCCAGACUCUACAAUGUCAAUUUGUGUUCCUUCUAAAACUGUUGAAGGUAGAGUCACAAGUGGUUGCACAAGUGAUACAGAAACCUGUGAAAUUUCCCAGCAAGUACCCUUUAAGACAGUUACUGUUCUUGCACAAGUUCACCCUAUCCCCCCAAAAAAGACAGGGAAAAUACCCUCAAUUUUCUUGAAACAAAAGCAGUUGGAAAUGGAAAAUAGUCUGUCUGAUCCUGAGAAUGAACAGACAAUUCAGAAAAGAAAAUCUAACGUUGUCAUACGGGAGGAAGAACUAGAAUUGGCAGUAUUGGAAGCUGCAAGUUCUGAAGCUGUGAAACCAAAAUGCACUCUAGAAGAAAGACAGCAAUUUAUGAAAGCAUUUAGGCAGCCAGCAUCAGAUGCACUUAAAAAUGGAGUCAAAAAGUCUUCUGAUAAACAGAAAGAGCCUGAUGAAAAAUCUUUAAAUGAGGAAGAAAGAGACAGUAAUUCUAAAAAAAUCAUGGAAAAUCCUAAUAUCCAAAUGGUUUCAGAUAAUGGCAAUUCACAGUCACACACUAAUAAAGGAAGUUUUCCUAAGGGGAAAUGUAAAAAACUAAAGAAAAAGGAUAAGAAAAUGUUAGAUAUUGGUGCUACUUCAGGUGAAAAUAGGGAGGGAAAUCCUCAAAUGAAGGAAACAACUUUUUCCUUUAAAGGUAAACAAAGUAAAAAUAGGCUUAGAAUGAGUUUAAGACAAAAGAAAACAGGAGUUUUCAAAGACAGCCCGUUAUUUAGUGCAAGUUUUAUUUGUGAAGAUACAGCAAAUGAUGACCCUCUAAAGAUUUUUUCUCAGUAUAAGAAGUCUUCAAGAAAAACUAGCACACCAGUUAAGGAUAAGGAAAUAUAUUCUAAAGCUGAAACUGAAGACAGCUUGGUAAAUGUUUUUACACCCAAAUCAACGAGGAGAUCUGUAAGAGGUAGCAGGACACCUGCAACAAUCAUUGGAGGUACAGAUUCUGGAGAUGCACAAGAUAUAUGUCCUGUGAAGGCUUCCACUCCAAGAGCAUCCAACUUAUCAGAAAAGCAUACCUUAUAUACAGCGGAAUUAAUCACAGUAUCCUCUGAUUCAGAGAGUCCUAUUAGAAUGAAAUUCACCAGAAUUAGUAUUCCCAAAAAAUCUAAGAAGAAAUCUAAGAAAAGUUCUAAGAAAUCUGAAGCAACUGGUGGAGAUUUUACCUAUCAAACUAGAAAGGCAAGCAAUACUUCAAAAAAUGUAUCAAAAGCAAAACAAUUGAUUGAAAAAGCAAAAGCUUUACACAUUAGUAGGUCAAAAGCUGCUGAAGAAAUAGUGACACCCUUAAGGCGUUCGUCUAGACGUCAGAUUCUUCCUGAAGGGAAGAAAAUGUCAGACACAGAAGACUCUGUAAUAAUAAUAAAUUCAAGUCCUACUUCUUUAAAGCAUCCUGAGACAAAUCAGAAGAAACUUCAGUGUCUAAAUGAUGUGCUAGGAAAAAAACCUACCAAGACUUCUAAAAAUGAACCUGGAAAAAUGAAAAUCGCUCCUUUAUUUCUUACCAGAAAGGUUCAUAAAACAGCUGAUCCUAUCCUUGGUUUUGAUGAAAGCAGUCAAGAUACCUCCGAAAGAUCUCAGGAUUGUGAUGUGCGACUUAAAGCAAAGCGUGACUUUUUAAUGAGUGGUCUGCCAGAUUUGUUGAAACGACAAAUUGCAAAGAAAUCUGCUGCAUUAGAUGUGUACAAUGCAGUGAGUACCAGUUUCCAGAGAGUAGUUCAUGUACAACAAAAAGAUGAUGGGUGCUCUUUGUGGCAUUUGAAACCACCCACUUGUUCUCGCUUAAUUAAACUUAAACAAUGGAAUACUAAAGUAAAUCUUUCUAAAUGUGUUAUUGCUCUUGGUGAAUUUUCAACAUUGAAUUCAAAUUUGAAAAGUAAUAAUUCUACUGUUGUGUUUAUGGGGAGAAGAAAAGAUUUUACUGAAGAAGUAAGAAAUCUUUUGCUGGAGGAAAUUACAUGGUUAAAUCCUGAGUUUUCUUUGAGGAAAUAUUUUCCAUUGCUUCUAAAAAAAAAAGCUGAGCACCAAGUACUCUCUGAAUGUCAUUGUAAACAAGAAAAUCCACAACUAGAGCCUGAUGUCAAUCUAAAGGAAACCAAAAGGAAACGAGUGGAAACCAAAAAUCAUAAAUCAAAAAGAAGGAAACCAAAUGAGUAUUCAGAAAAUCCAGAAAAUAUAAAUGGAAAACCAAAAGAACUGGAAAAAACACACAACUACACUGGGAUAAAGCUAGAUUCUUCCAAAAGUCUGUAUUCUAAAACACGCAGGAAGACACAAACUGCUGUGAGUACAUGUGAAGUGGAAAGUGAAGCAGUAGAAGAUUCUGAUGUUCUGAUAAUAGAUGAUGACAAAGCAUCUACAUCAGAAAUAUCUUCUGUUCCUGAUUCUGGAACUGAAGACAUGCUUUGGACAGAAAAGUAUCAACCUCAGAACUCCAGUGAACUCAUAGGCAAUGAACUUGCUAUAAAAAAGUUACAUAGUUGGUUGAAAGAUUGGAAAAGAAGAGCUGAAUUAGAAGAAAGACAGAAUUUGAAGGGAAAAAGAGAUGAGAAACAAGAAGAUCUGUCGGAUAGCAUUGACUUUAAAGGCAGUUCAGAUGAAGAAGAGAAUCGUCUUUGCAAUACUGUUCUCAUAACAGGGCCAACAGGAGUGGGGAAAACUGCUGCAGUAUAUGCUUGUGCUCAGGAGCUUGGGUUUAAGAUAUUUGAAGUGAAUGCCUCAUCUCAGCGCAGUGGUAGACAAAUUCUGUCUCAACUGAAGGAAGCUACUCAGUCCCAUCAAGUAGACAAGCAAGGUGUAAAUGCACAAAAACCUUGUUUUUUCAAUAGCUACAACAUAGGCAAGUCACCAAAAAAAUUAAGUUCUCCUAAGAAAGUUGUUACAUCACCAAGGAGACUUCCUCCAUCAUCACCACAAAGUAGUGGACCAAAGCGAGCACUUCCACCUAAAACACUGGCAAAUUAUUUUAAAGUGUCUUCCAAGCCAAAAAAUAAUGAAGAAAUAGGAGAACUUCCAGAAAAUAAUAAAGGAAUCAAAAAUUUUUUUGAACAGAAACAAACUAUUCAUACUAAAUCUACAAAUACAACUAAUUCAAAUGUCAAAGAAUAUGGAGCCGAGGAACCCAACAGGAAAAAUGCAACAUCUCUCAUUCUUUUUGAGGAGGUUGAUGUCAUUUUUGAAGAAGAUGCUGGGUUUUUGAAUGCAAUCAAAACAUUCAUGGCAACAACUAAAAGACCUGUAAUCCUUACUACAAGUGAUCCUUCAUUUAGUUUAAUGUUUGAUGGCUGUUUUGAAGAAAUUAAUUUCAAUAUGCCUUCGUUGCUAAAUGUUGCCAGCUACCUACAGACAAUCUGCUUAACUGAGAAUUUUAGAACUGACAUAAAAGACUUUGUAACAUUGUUAACUGCAAAUACUUGUGAUAUUAGGAAAAGUAUCCUUUACUUACAAUUUUGGAUUAGAAGUGGAGGUGGAUUUUUAGAAGAAAGGCCAUUAUCUCUUUGUCGAGGAAACGGCAGAAAUGUACAACUUAUUCGCUCUGAAGAUGGCCGUAAUUCCAAAAAUAACCCUAAAAAUGCUAAAAGGAGUCCUACAGACCUUCCCAAAUGUGACACUGGCUGUGUUGAGACCUUGUUUGGCCUUAAGAACAUUUUAUCCCCUUCUGAAGAUUUAUUUUCAUUUUUAAAGCACAAAAUCAGAACAAAAGAAGAAUGGCAUAAGCUCAUCCAGAUUCUUACAGAAUUCCAAAUGCGGAAUGUAGAUUUCUUAUAUAGCAAUCUUGAGUUCAUCCUACCAUUACCUGUUGAUAUAAUUCCAGAAACAGAAAAGCUUUGUGGUUCAUCAGUAAGUGUGGACACCAGUGCAGCAACAAAAAAUAUGAAAUGUCUUGCCAGGAAACAUUCUGGAGAGAAGCCAUUGAAAAAGUCGCAAAAAAAGAAACAUAAGAAAAAAAUGGUAAUUCUAGAUGAUAGUGACUUAUUUGACACGAACUUGGACUUCUCUGAUGAAUUUCUUUGCCUUCACCCUGAAUCUUCUUCCUCAAGUUCAGAAGAAAGCAAAGCCAAAGAAAGCAAUUCAGAGACAAAGAAACUAAACAAAUGUUUAGAUUUAAACCUUGAAUCUAAUCCUCAUCUUCCUAAAACACCAGCAGAAAAAAAAUGUUCUGCCCUCGUUUCUCACUGUUUAAAUUCUCUCGCUGAGUUCAUGGAUAACAUGUCCUUCUUAGAUGCCCUUUUAACUGAUGUGAGGGAACAAAAGGAACUUGGUAAACAUGACUUCAGUUGGACAAAUGGAAAGGUUAAAAGUGGACUUUGUGAUGAGUUUAGUCUUGAAAACAGUGAUGGAUGGACUUCUCAAAGCUCUGGAGAAUUAAAGGCAGCGGUAGAAGCUCUCAGUUUUACUAAGUGUUCUUCUACUAUUUCAAAAGCAUUGGAAACCUUGAAUUCUUGCAAGAAAUUAGGCAGAGAUCCAAUGAAAGACCUUACUUUAUCUGUUUCACAAAAGCGCACCAAUGUGUACUUUAGUCAGUCCUCGGCUAAUUUAGACUGUGCUUGGAAGAGGAUAGCAGUCAUUAAAAGUGUAUUUUCUAGCCGAUCUCUUCUCAACCUGGGUAAUAGACAAGCUAGUAUAAUUGAAUACUUGCCAACUCUUCGAAACAUUUGUAGGACUGAGAAGCUAAAAGAACAAGGAAAAAGUAAAAGAAGGUUCCUCCACUAUCUUGAAGGAAUUCACCUUAACAUUGCAAAAGAGACUGUGAACACUUUGGCAGCUGAUUUCCCUUAAUAUUCCACAUUAACAGUGCCUUGUACAGAUUAUUGUGUGGUCCUUAAGAUACAUUUUUAUAUUGAUUUUUGUGGAAGUUUACAUCUCUUAAUGUACAUUUAAAACAGAAUAUUUGUAUAUUUUUAUUAGUGCGCAAAUAUUUAAAAUGAAAAAAUUUGAGUUGCAUUUUGUAUUUAUGAUGUGGUAUUUUUAAAAAUUUUUUGUAUUAUCUGAUUUAGCUUUGUUGGAGUAUUUAUGUAUGUAACUGAGCUGUUUCUAGGAGCUAGAGUUCACUAAGAUAUUUCUAAAGAGGGUUCAAUGCUACACUACUCCAUAAUUUUUCCCUUUCCUGGUACCUUUAAUUCAACUCUCUCCAACCAAGUGUGAGUACUCUGUCAAGUUGUAAAUAUGAAUCUCUUAAAUAAAUUUAUGCAAUCUAGAAUACAA